UAUAUAAUAUGUUGUCUUGAAGAUUAAACAAACCAGCGACGGGUCUCCGCGACACUUGUUCUCCAACGCUCUAGAAGAGACAUCCGUUAUAUUUUCCUCGUCGACGCCGUCGUCCGCCGUCUACAUGUAUCUCUCCUCCCCUUUCCGUCAUCUCUCCGCCAAUUUACCUUCACCUUCAUCCUUAACCUUCAAAACCCUACCCUUACCACCAUCAUCCUUCCCACUUUUAUCCUUUCCCCUGAAAAAACUCCGACUUGACAAAUCAUAUAUCGUUCAAUCCACCCCGACGAAACCCUCUUCCCCUGAACCCUCCUUGCAAACUACAUCCGGCUCUCAAGUCUUCGAAGAACUCCCUCAAAAGCUUCAAGAAAUCGCAAAACUCUUCCAAUCCGCACAAGACCCAAAAGCCAAAUACGAACAGCUCUUGUUUUACGGGAAAAACCUUAAACCGCUUCACCCCCAAUUCAAGACUGAAGAGAAUAAGGUCAAAGGUUGUGUUUCUCAGGUCUGGUUAAGGGCUUAUUUUGAUGAUUCUCAUAAGAGAACUGUCAUCUUCGAAGCCGAUUCUGAUGCUUUGAUCACCAAAGGCUUAGCUGCUUUACUGGUUCAAGGUCUUUCUGGUUCCACUGUUCAAGAAAUCCUCCGUAUCUCGCCUGAUUUUAUUACGCUUUUGGGUUUGAAACAGAGCUUGUCUCCUUCAAGGAACAAUGGGUUCUUGAAUAUGUUUCAGUUAAUGCAAAAGAAGGCAUUGAUGCUGUACGUUGAAGCCGAGAAAGGAAUUGAAUCAACAACUGGGAUUGUUGAAAACCCCCAAAACAAUGUCGAUUCUGGUUCAAUAAGUUCUGAUUUUCCAUUAAACACUGAUACAGAUGUUGAUUCAAAGUCAAAUGAUUUGGUAUUAGGAAGCAGAGGACAGAGAAUUACAGAGAUUUUAAACAAAGAGCUGCAACCUAUUCAAUUGGAAGUAGAAGAUGUUUCAUAUCAGCAUGCUGGUCAUGCAGGUGUGCAGGGUAGCAAUGGUGAGACGCAUUUCAAAUUGAAGGUGGUUUCAAUGGAGUUUGAAGGCAAGAGUUUGGUUAAAAGACAUAGGCUUAUUUAUUCCCUUUUAGACAAGGAGUUACAGAGUGGAUUACACGCCUUAUCGAUAGAGGCAAAGACACCAUCUGAAAUUGGUAUUUAGCCAUGAAAUGAUGGUGCACUUUUUGAUUAUUAGUAUUAAUUUCAUAGCCAUUUUAUCAUAUAUGAUUGAAAAUACAAACUGUACUUUCUUUAUUUGGAUAUAAAAGAAGCAUAACAAUAUAACAUCUGAAGAAUUUUAAAUCUUGUAAUAGUAGGUUUGAUCACAAAAGUUGAAAUAUACAUCUGUAGAAUUCAAUGGAGAUAUAUCUGCUUUAUCCUUUUA